GAUUCGUGAGGUUUAAAACAGGUUAGGGCACGUAUGCUGAGGGUCACAUAUCACUUCUCUUUCUCUUCCUCGACAUAUUAAAAUAAAUGCAAUUUGAUCAGCGUUCUGAACCCGACAUUGAUACAAGAUGAAAACGACAUCCAUCAUUCUUUGCCUUUUAUGCAUCACCCUUUUCCACGCCACAGAUGCAGGCCGUCGUCGGCGGCGUCGUCGAUCAGACCCACCUCCACCACCUCCUCCACCCUCAAAUACGGCUCCCAGAUUUUACAACUGCCCGCAGUCCCUCCCUGUCCAGUAUACUACUACCUCCACUGCGGUAGUCACGUGGGUUGAACCAACAUGCACAGACACAGAAUCGUCAUGUACAGUGAGCCGAAGUGGUCCUCCAUCAGGGUCAUCUUUCGCCGAAGGAACACACAGCAUCGCAUACACUGCCACUGACACUAGUGGAAAGUCUGCAUCUUGUACCGUCUCCUUUACUGUCAAUGUGAUCCGCUGCAGUAAUCCUAGUUCUCCUCAACACUGCACCAUGAGUUGCACCAAGUCCAACUCUGUAGGCUCAGUUUGUACAUACCAGUGUGCCACUGGACUGACUCUAUCGGGGUCAUCUCAACGUGUUUGCCAAGAGGUUAGUGGUAACGCUGCCCAGUGGACCGGCACCCAACCCGCAUGUACAGAUGAUCAUGCACCAACAAUUUCGCAAUGUCCAAGCUCUUUGGUCGCCCAUCGGACUGAGUACUGGGGAGUGGAAGUCACAUUCUCAAUACCAACGGCUACGGACAAUUUCGAUCAGACACUGCAGACAUGGACAGUUCCUGCGGACCUCACAUCGCCUUACAACUUCACUGCGGAUACUAUUUGCGAGUUUCACUUCCAGGACGAUGCGGGGAAUGCUGCCUCGUGUACUUUUGAUGUCGAGAUACACGAUACGGUUGUACCUGAAUUUUUAACGUGCCCACUAGACCAAAGUUUGCGGACAAGCUUGGAUAUGACCCCAGUGACCUGGGAUGAACCAACAUAUAGGGAAAUCCACGGAGAUGAGGUGCGACUCGUCUGUAACUAUGGUAGUAACAGCGUUCUGUUGCCAUGGGGAAAUAAUAAUGUGAUCUACACCGCUACUAAUAUGAAGAAUGGACUGAGUGGGAUCUGCGACUUCUAUGUCAAUAUCGAACCAAUGCCAUGUCUAAAGCUUCGCACACCUGGGCACGGCGCCAUAUCUUGUGAUACCUGGGCCUACGGUCGAUACUGUAGCAUGUCCUGUAAUGAUAACUAUGACAUCCCUGCUCCUAGUCCAUUCCAACCUGCUACCGAUGUGUUCACAUGCGGCUCAUCUGGACAGUGGAAUCCUACCUCGUAUGUGCCUGACUGCUCACAAAUGCGAGACCCCACUAAAAUCAACCUUCCGACAGACCUGCUCUACUACAGUGGUCAGUGUGGUAGUCCAGCCACCUUGUCCGACAUCGCACAGUCCUUCAUCGAGACUAUCGAGAAGUCCGUCCACAGUGACAUCUGCAAAAUGAAUGAGGACUGUACGGUCGACAAUGUCGUCAUCACCUGUGGCUGGCCGACCCGUCGUCGGAGAAAGCGUGCACUGGUCGGACGACGUCUACGUCACAGUGCGAAAGAUUCGCCUCAGGUAGAAGACAUCGAAAAGACUACUGAUGACAUCGAAGAAAGUAUAUUCGAAGGCCUCCAGGAGAUGCGCAUCUCGAUGAAGUUAGGUGUCGGUGUAUCUAAAGUCAAUGACAUAAAGGUGGCACAGAAGAAGCUUCAGGAUCUAGCAAGAGAAGUGUUGAACAUUACCGUCUCUGGAGAUAGCGGAAGGUUCAGCUUCUUCAUGGAACCUCAUUCUGAAGGUGAAGAUGCGCCCGACGCCUACUUAUUGAUCAACGAACACUACAUAGAUUGCCCUGAUGGUUACGUUGCUGGUCGCAAUAACACCAAAUGUGUCUCUUGUACGACUGGUCACCACUACGACACCGAAUCUAGGGCGUGUCACCAAUGUGGUUAUGGACUCUACCAGGACGAGUAUGGCCAGGUGAGCUGCAAGUCAUGUGACACUGGUCAGUCUACCAAACACAAGGGCAGUCCCAGCAAGUCUGAUUGUGAAGAUCAAUGCGAAGCAGGCCGAUUUUCAACAUCCGGCUUAUCUCCUUGUAUCCAAUGCCCCCUGCACACGUUCCAGUCGCUGAUUGGACAGACGAUGUGCUUUGAAUGCCCGGAUGGAAGAAAGACAUGGAACAGAGGAGCAUCAGACGUAGAGCAAUGUGUCCAUAUCUAACGCGGAUGAGAAAAGAUAACUCCCAAAUGAGAUGUUUUCCGUUUAAAAAAGGUUUCCAUCCAUUCACUCCAUACUCUCUUCAGGUUUUAGUCUGAGGGAAACGGCCAAUGAAGAAUGCACGAACUAUUGACAUAAAACAUGAUUAUAAUACUUCUGCAGGGCCAUAUUUUAUAAGACUUAUGACAAAUUAAAAAGUUUUUUGUUACGAAGGUAUAGGUAUGAGACAUGGCAGGAGUGUGAAGAUUCACCGGUUUCAGAAGCAAGUAUUGCUUGUUUAAAUCAUUCUCUGUUGUAUAAUUCUUCAAUGCUUUACAAGUUGCUUAGUCAUUUUCAGAUUAUCAUUAGUCGGAUUUAUUGAAUUAAAAAUAUCAAAAUUUUAAGUGAUCGUAACUGCGAAAUAUAUUACUAACAUUCAAUUAUCAGUCACCACUACUUCCCCCCAAAAUAAAGAGAACAAACAACAGUCAGAUUGUAAAUGCAAAAUUGUAUAUACAAGCAAAUUGAUGGGAUAACCCUUUGAAAUCUGUUUGCCAUAAACUUUAAAACUUGAAAAUUGUAAAUGCAAAAUGACGCCUUUUGAUUUCUUUAACACUACAGGAAUAUUUCGUUUAAAAUAUGUAAUAAACUAAAUACUGCAUAUGGGCAUAAGAUACUUGGUAUAGAAGAAGAAAUCUCUCGUAAAGUAACGUAUCAAAUAAAGUACAAGAAUGCCGAGGAUCAAACCAUAAUUUUCACUCAGUUAUAGCAUAACUUUAAGGUAUACAUUACCGUCUGCAGUGUUGCGUUAUUAUUUUCAGUUCUUAGAUAUUCAACUAUUCUGUCUUUUAUACGAACUUAAUACAUUGUUUCUGUGCCAAUUACUGAAUUUAUAUGUAUCUUGUACAUGAUUGAAACGGAAAUAAAUAAAUCUAAUUAAAUGA